CGAGCAGCGUCUACCAAGCGGAUGAGCACGGUUUUAAUGACAUCUAUCAAGCCCUAUCUAAUGCACUAAACCCAUUUCCGUUUCCUUCCACCCCCCAGCUCGGACUAGCAUGCAUUGCCCCAAACGGACCAGCAGUGGAGUCCACCCUUUACCUGCCAGGAACCCUGUCAUUAUAUUGCCCACGUUGAGCCCGUAAUGUUAUAAAUUCAUCCACGAUGAUGCCUCGUGAUCAUAUGACUCACUUUUCUCUCAUUAUUAUAUGACGGGACGCUCAUACAGCUGCACACUACCAAUUUUCAGUCAUGCGACUCUUUACCUUUGCCCUCGUCGGUGCUUUCUUGGCCAGCUCAGUCUAUCUUUGUAGCCACAGAGCUUUAGACAAUUUCCACUCCCUCGGGAAUGCACCUCGUGUAACCCCUCAGGAUUUUUCCGAAGAGUCGACUAGAAUGUGUAACAACGGAAGCAAGCGGCCAAGCGGAGCAUGUGCCUAUUACAAUUUAUCUUUGGGCAGAAUGUCCUCUUCGGACUGUGUGCUAGCAGGUGGAGAUGCGUAUUUUUGCUGUCUUGGAUGGACUGGCCUUUUGUGUCAAACCCAAAGGAAAUGUAGUCACAACGAACAUGCACAAUGGGGAAUGUCUCCGGCUAAGAAGACCACCAUGACAUCCGCGAAUCGACAACCGGACCACUAGCGGUACAUGGCUUAUAACGUACCAUAGAUCAACCCUUGGCGCGGUCGUAGGUUCCACUCUCUAUGUUAGUGAGU